AUGGAAAGCAUAGACUCGGAUGCUGAAUGCCGAGGUUUGGAACUGCGGAUUCAUCGCAGCUUGAAGCAAUUUCAGGUUCAUUUGGUCGGCGGAGCUGCAGGCCUAGCAGCCACUCUGUUCUUGGGGCCAAGGACGAAUCGCUUCGGUGAGAAAGGCUCUCAGCAGAUGAGCAACCCGACGAACGCUGUACUGGGCACAUUUAUGCUGUGGUGGGGCUGGUUGGCCUUCAACACAGGCUCGACAUAUGGCAUUAGCCUAGGCAGAUGGAGACUCGCAGCAAGGUUCGGGGUUCUUACGGGGUUUUUCUUUCGCAGAUUUUCAGGUUUGGAUUAG